AUGGGAGGCUUGAAAAGGAAUAGAAUAUUCAAAUCCAAGGGUAUCAAGGGUUGGGGGUUGUUGACCUUUCUCGGAGGCUCUAUAGUUCCUCAGUCACAGAGGGAAAUAAAAAGGGAAGUGCAAGUAGACCAAAACUUCCAAGGUCGUCUGACACCUAGACUAACUCAUACUAACACAAGGCUCCCCCUUGCACCCACACCAUCGCAGCCACGUGUACUCUCACCCCUAUACAUGGUCGCCAUAGCAACGCAGCAUCCUACUUCCACGCCCACUACCCCGGGGGCGAACUCUCAAGAUAUUACGCCCUACUUCGUCCGCAUUGGCGAACUAAAGGGGUGUACGCCGUACGCUUGUGUGGGCCCGUUUAACCGGAGCUCUCGUGAAAUUCCAUUUUGA